CAGGCUUCCAGGCUUCUCUCUUGCCAUCAUCCUAAACUUCAUUUAAAAAGUUUUGCCAAAUUGACCACUGAAACGCCGAACAAACCAAAAUGCCCUCUGGAAUCCCUACCUCAACGUCGGUAUCCGAGUCUGCCGUCAUCGAAGCUCACCUGAGCGACGUCUGGCACCUCAUCAAGCUUCAAGACUUUGCCAAAUUCUGGUCGAAGCUGAAGACAAGCGAGUGGGUGAAAGGAACCUCACCGGAGACUGACAUUGUCAAAUGGACAUUCAAGGACGGCACCGUGCUGGAUGUCAAGCAGGAAGAACAUUCCACCAUCGAACAUUACAUUACAUACAGCGUCAUAUCCUCUCAUCCGGCCGUCACUUACAGCUCCGUUAUGAGCACGGUUAGAUGCUUCCCGGUCACCUCGGGCAAGCAUGAGGGCCAUACUUAUGUGACUUGGACGGGUAAUUUCUCCAGCGAUGCUGACGCCGGAGUCAUCGAGGAUGCGAAGUUCAAGCGUCGCGAGGCUCUCGCAGACCUCGCUCAAGCAGUCUACAAAAAGUAGUGACUGGAUCGAGGAGAAAGUGGGGAUAGGAUUGCAACAUGCAAGUGAAUGAAGUUGGAGGGAAUAAAGCGGGAUUUGGCGCGAAUCAGAUGAACAGAACUUAUGAAAGGGAAUGAAUAGGGCGACAGGGGUUUCAGCAGCAGAAGGAGGGCCGAAUCAACACUCUCAAUGUAUGUGUAACGACUGUAACACUAUUCAACAGCUAUAUUAGCAUUGGGCAAUGCUAAGGAGACGGCCCAGCUCUCUUGUG